UGCAGUCCCUCCGCCAUCUUUACUGUCUCCUCAGUAGUCUCGCAGUCCAGAGCAGGGAGGGGACCCGAGGUGGGUUACACACACAGACCGCGCGGGCCUGACAGGACCUGCAGCUUCCGCCGUGACCAUGAAACCCAGAGCAGCUGAGGGAGCCGCCUGUCAGUAGCCGGUUGUAGCAGAGCCUCACCCCCCCCCUCCCUCCGCUCACGACCGUUAUCUCCGAUUGUCCGAGGCGAUUGAGCCCAUCAUGUCGUCCGCUCGCUUUGACUCGUCGGAUCGUUCGAGCUGGUACUUCGGGCCGGUGUCGCGGCAGGAGGCACAGACGCGACUGCAGGGGCAGCGGCACGGCGUCUUCCUUGUCCGGGACUCGUCCACCUGCCCCGGAGAUCACGUGCUGUCCGUCUCGGAGAACUCGCGGGUCUCCCACUACAUCAUCAAUUCUCUGCCCGGACGGCGCUACAAGAUCGGGGACCAGGAGUUCGACAACUUACCGGCUCUGCUAGACUUCUACAAGAUCCAUUACCUGGACACCACCACCCUCAUCGAGCCGGCACCGAGAUAUCCGAGCCCACCUGUGGGGACAGGUUCUACCUCUACUGUCCAUGCGUCGGAGGAAAACUUGGAGUGUGUACGGACUCUUUAUGACUUCCCUGGCAAUGAUGCCGAGGACCUUCCUUUUAAAAAAGGUGAAAUCUUGAUCAUUGUAGAAAAGCCUGAGGAACAAUGGUGGAGUGCCCGGAACAAGGACGGUCGCGUUGGUAUGAUCCCUGUGCCCUAUGUGGAGAAGCUACCCCGUGUGUUUCUUCAAGGAGUGAUGGGGAACAGGAAUUCCAAUAGCUAUGGCAUCCCCGAGCCUGCACAUGCCUAUGCUCAGCCUCAGACUCCCAGCCCUCUGCCCGCCUCUUCUACCCCUCCUGGCGCAGUCAUCACCCCAUUACCAUCCACGCAGAAUGGACCUGUCUAUGCUAAAGCCAUUCAGAAACGAGUGCCCUGCGCUUACGAUAAGACGGCCCUUGCGCUGGAGGUGGGUGACCUUGUGAAAGUGACUCGCAUGAAUAUUAACGGCCAAUGGGAAGGGGAGGUGAAUGGCCGAAAAGGGCUUUUUCCCUUCACACAUGUGAAAAUAAUCGACCCUCAGAAUCCGGAUGACAAUGAGUGACUGGCGUGAUCUCCUCACUUCUCCUCCUCCAGGUCCUCUGAAGCUCCCCUGGCCGCCUCCUCUUUCAGCUGCCUGGUUAUUUGACACGCGCUCCAGAGUUCACCUACUGACGCAUGUAACUUAGCUGUGUUUGUCCAUGAUGCGAGCUGCUGCUUCCCACGUUUUCAAGGGUCUGCCGGGCUGCCAGCCGCUAAUCCUGUUGCUGUGGAGAACCAUACCUGGUGGCUUUCUGAAGCGUUGAGUUGUUUUUUUUUUUUGUUUUUGUUUUUUCUCCCCCUUUUCCUCUUAAAGAAUUUGUGUUUUAUGGACUCGCACAGCGCUACAAAAUAGUGAUUUCUAGAAAUGACCCCAAUUCCGUCAUUUCGGAGAACGAAGAGAUUGUGACUGAUCCGUUGGGAUCCCUACAAUUCCUCUUGCUGGUGGGGAGAUCCAAGUGUAUGAUGGUUAAACUGAGGCCUUUAUUUAUACUGCGAACCAUGGCAAUUGUUGUUCUGCGCAGGAAUUUGACUACUUCCCCUUUCAAAUGCAGAGUUCAGUCGCUGCAGCAGAGGACGCCGCCUGCCAGUCCUUCCAGCGGAAAUUCCAGUUUUCUCUUGUGCUCUGUUGCAGUGUGAUUCUUCUCGGUGCCAUUAUCCGUUUGUACUGUGAGGUGUCUAGCGGGUAGAUCUUAGGAAUGUGAUGAUUUUUUUUUUUCUUUUUCUUUUUUCCUGGACUUUUUUGGUUUCCGUCAUGAGAAUGAACACCCCCCCUUCCAUUGCAGAAUGUUCCGUAUUGCCUAAGAAUCCACGUAUUGAGUUUCCGCAUGUAUUCCGAUUGCUUGGAAUAUCCCAGAUCCAUUCAUUUAAACUCCUCUGUUGGCCUUUUUUUAUGCGGUGGGCGCUGGUGCUCUGCUGCCACGUAAUAGCACAAAAGGAGGAAACACACAAUGAGCCAGCUCCUUAAGUCUUGUCUGAAUCUUGUUUUGCCCACUUUUCCUGGAACGCUGCAAAAAAAAAAAAAAGACUAUGCAAGGGAAAAUUUGCCUUGACUCCAGAGUUGGGUGUCUUAAAUCUAACUUCCAGGCCUCUCGGGCAGCAAGAGUUGGCUUCCUGUACACUUUCAUUUGGAGGAAUAAGAAGCCUCGUCUGUUCAGCGUCACGGCUGUAAUAUUCUGCCACCCAGACCGGGUUGUGAUGGGAGCGUUGCCUCUUUGCUGCCUGAUGAUGGCUUGUGUUGGAUCUGGGACACUUCCAGCUCCGAGCCAGCGAGUCGCUGCUUUGGCCAUGCUCUGCAUUUUGAGUUUCAUUAAUCUUCUGCCUGUUUACGAAUCCAACAAAUGUCGAAAGGGAAUCUGUCACUUGGGACAGUUUGCUAAUGGAGGGCAACGUCUCAUUUUAUUUUUGUAAAGGGAGGUUAAACUCUGUCUGUGCCAUUUGUUUUGCUUGUAAAUUGUAAUUUUAUAUUGUAUUGACCUUUUACAGGAGGGAUUUCAGUUUCAGUGUAAUUAACAUUUUUAACUGUUUUCAAGCCAUUGGCAUCAAGUUUGUGAGCAGCAGGUUUUCUUCCUGCGUGGAUGUUUUCUCUGUAACUGUUCCGAGGGGCGACCUGCGAGGGUCUGGUCUCAGUAGGUUACAUAGAACGCACAUUAUUGUAGAUGUACGCUUUUUAACUUUAUUUUUAUUUUUUUUGAAGGGGGAAGAAAUCAUAGCUUUUGAGUCUUAUUUUUUUGUGCUGUAAAAUUAACAGUAUUAAAUGACUUAUAUUCUUAGAA